ACACAGCACUCCUGUAGCAAGGUCGCCAACAGAUCAGCAAUGUCCGACCCAACUCCCGCUCCCACCGAAACAAUCGCAGACGACGACCUUUGCCCAAUAUGCCACCUCCUAAUCCUCUCCCCGGUCCUGACCCAAUGCGCGCACAUCCUCUGCGCAUCCUGCAUGGCACAAUGGGCCGAUACAAGCACCUCAACAACGCCCCUCACCGCAACGCCUCUCCUCGACCUCACAGCAACCUACACCCCGUCCCUCUCAGCCUCGUGCCCCAUGUGCCGCACCCAGACAACCGCACACCCGUCCCCAACCCUCGCAGCAACCCUCGCGCAGAAAUACCCCACGACGUACGCCCUCCGCGCCGCAGAAGAAGAGCAAGACAUUCUCGCCCAACGCAGCAACGAGACAGGCGCAGAAAGCAUCGUGUUAUUGAUCGGGAACAAGCACCGGAUAGAGCGAAGGUCGGACGAUGGGAAUACGCACGAUUGGACGUUUUUCGUGAGGGUUAGUAGACCCGAGAUGGUGAAGGAGGUGAGGGUGUAUUUGCAUCCUACGUUUCGGCCGCCCGUGGUGACGCUGCGGGAGCCGCCGUUUGAGGUGCGGAGGCUUGGGUGGGGCACGUUUAAUAUUCGGGUGGCGGUCGUGUUGGAGAGUUGGUUUGUGUGGGAUGCGGGGAGUGAUGCGGUGGGGAGGGAGUUGGCAUUGGAGUGGAUGUUGGAUUUUGAGGGGAGGGGAAUGCAGAGGAGGGUUAGGGCUAAGGUUAGGAGGGUUGAGGGAGAAGAUGGGGAGAGUGUGUCGAGGCGGACGAGGAAUGCAGUUAGGAGGGUGCAGGCGAUGGGUGAUGGAGACGGGGAGUUUGAGGUGUAG